UGGCUCCGAGCGCAGUCUGCUGGAUACCAGAGAGUAGAAAGAGAGAGUGAGAGAGAGAGGCGAGCCUUUAAACCUCUGCGGUGCAGAGUUGAAAAAGCAGCUUCUCGGCGAGAAAGAAAAAAAAGAAGAAAGGGAAAACAGACGUCCUGUUUACUUCGCUUCCUGGCUCCUUUUUUUUAUUUUUCCUGGAGAAAAAAAGGGACUUAUUACCGAGAAGGUGCGACGUGGACUGGUGCCCGUCUCAGCGCGCAAACCUGGUAUUUCUUCUAUUAUUAUUUAUCUUGAUAUUUUUAUCCGUGAAUACCCUUCUGCUGAAAGGACUGAGUAUUUUUUUUUUACUUUUGCACUGAGGCAGCACUGUUUUCUACCUCUUGCCCGGUUUCUGCCAGAUUACUCCAGCAGAAGUAGGCUAUAUGACGCAAACAGCGUGCUGAGCAUUAGUCUCAAAGUUUUUCUCCACAACUUUUUUUUCUCCUUUUUCUUUCCCCCCACCACCACCACCAAUCACACGGUGUUUCAUGCUACAGCAAGUCAGCGCAGAUUUGUGGAGGAGCCAAAAGAACUAUUGCAUGAAACAAGAAAGAAGAGAAGAGACUUUGAUUAAUAAGUCCGUGUUUGCGACACUCGCCAACACCUUUGCGUAUCUGCAGAAGAGUCGCGACAGCAACAUGAGCGCAGAGCUGAGCAUGGGCCCGGAGCUGCCCAGCAGCCCUCUGGCUCUGGAAUAUGUCAAUGAUUUUGACCUGAUGAAGUUUGACGUGAAGAAGGAAGGCCUGGUCGGGCUGGAUCGCAACGGGGUGCGCCAGUGUAACCGCCUCCAACCCCAGGGCUCCGUGUCAUCCACCCCAAUCAGCACGCCCUGCAGCUCGGUGCCCUCCUCGCCCAGCUUCAGCCCCACGGAGCAGAAGCACCACUUGGAGGAGCUGUACUGGAUGCCGAACAGCGGGUACCACCAGCAGAUAGACCCGCAGACGCUGAGCCUGACCCCGGAGGACGCUGUGGAGGCCCUGAUUGGAGCCACGGCUCACGGUCACCCGCAGGCUCCGCACGUCCAGCAGCAGUUGCAGCAGCAGCAGGGCGCUUUCGAGGGCUACAGGGGCCCGCACCACCACCACAGCCAUCACGGCCACGGCCAACAGCAGCAUCAUCACCCGUACGCCGGGAGCCUCCCGCACCACGCCGAGGAACUCUCCGGACACCCGGGGGGACACAACCAUCCACACAGCCAGCACCACCACCACCACAGCCAGGACCCCGACAGCCCGUCUCCAGUCUCCCCAGAGUCCCACCAGCCGCUCCACCACCACCGCCACCAUCACCACCACCACCCGCACGGCCACCUAAGCCAGACGGGCGCGCACCACGGCGCCGGCGGUGGCGGGCUCAACGUGGAGGACCGCUUCUCGGACGAGCAGCUCGUGUCCAUGUCGGUGCGGGAGCUCAACAGACACCUGCGGGGCUUCACCAAGGACGAGGUGAUCCGUCUCAAGCAGAAGAGGAGGACCCUGAAGAACCGCGGCUACGCGCAGUCCUGCAGGUUCAAGCGCGUGCAGCAGAAGCACGUGCUGGAGAACGAGAAGACGCAACUGAUGAACCAGGUGGAGCAGCUGAAGGCGGAGAUCAGCCGGCUGGCGCGGGAGAGGGACGCCUACAAACUCAAGUGCGAGAAGCUGACGGGGUCGGGAGCCGGGAGCGGGUUCCGCGAGGCCGGCUCGACCAGCGACAACCCGUCAUCGCCAGAGUUUUUCAUGUGAGUCGUCCCCCCGUCAGCCUUUCCACUACAAACUCUCCCCCUCCUCCCUCCCUUCCUCCACCACACCUCGACCGACUCUCCUCAUGAACAGACAGUAAUAAUCCACACAUCCCCACGCCUACUGUUUGAUUGUUACUAAUAACAGUGAAAUUAUAUUCAUAUUAGAAGAAUAAUCCAUCAGAUAGCUACUAUUCUCAUAUAUAACCAUCUACCGAUGCCUCUCCACGUGUCAACAGAGACGCAACAAGCGAAGUAGAGUCCGAUCAGUCGCUGCAUCUUUUGUAGAUUAGUUGCUUGUAGUGAAGAGACUCUUCGUGGAGGGGGGAAAGGAGGACUCUCAGAUGAACAUUGUUCUUCUCCGCCAAGGCUGCAGCUUUUCAAACUAACCUGUAAUUAAGAGUGAGACAUGGGAUCAAGGCAGAUGUCUUUUGUUGACAAGUUGUUGUUUUUUUUUUUGUUUUUUUGUUGUUGUUGCUCUUCUGCAAAUUCAUGACACUGUUUAUGAACACACAAAAAAGUAGGCCUGCCCUCACAAGCAUCACAGUCUGUAAGUUGGGCCCCAAAUUUUCCCCCCAAAAAAAAAAAAAAAAAAAAAAAAAAAAAAAAAAAAAUCAAA